AUCGAUGUGCAGACCGAGAGGCGCGAGCUCUGGAGUGAUGGGACCCAACUGAAGGAACAGGACCGAGUGACCACUCUUCAAACCUGGUUAUGACAGAUGUGAAGCAUGACUACCUGCUCAGAGAUCUGUGGGUCGGAGUAUGCUGAGCAUGGCCAGGGCGCGGUGAACAGCCAGUACCAACGCUACGGAGUCCGCUCGUACCUGCACCAGUUCUACGAGGAGUGCAGCGCCUCCAUCUGGGAGCGCGAUGAAGACUUUCAGAUUCAGAGAUCGCCGAGUAGGUGGAGCUCUGUCCUCUGGAAGGUCUGUCUCGCUUUCGGAACCCUGAUCCUGGUCGCGGGCCUCGUCAUGCUCCUGGUUGGCUACGUCACGCCCGCCAAGAUCGAGGCGUUCGGCGAGGAGGAGCUGCUCUUCGUGGACAGCCACGCCGUGAGCUUCAACCGAGCUCUGGACGUCUGCAAGCUGACCGGCGCCGUGCUGUUCUGCGUGGGCGGCACCCUGAUGGCUGCGGGGCUCCUCCUCUCCGCCUUCGCCAAGAGCUACUCCAAGGAGGAGCUGUACUUGCAGCAGAAGUUCAAGGAGAGGCUGGCUGAUCUGCAGGCCACCGUGAGCCCCAUCACCAGAGCCCCCACCCCUGGAGAGGGCAAGGUCCCCAUCACCCUGUCUAAAGUCCAGAACGUCCAGCCCAGCUCGGAGACCUGACAGUCAACAUGAAGAUCUGACGUGCUAGUCGGUGUGCUUGAGUGUGUGUGCGUGUGUGUAAUUGUGAGUGUGUGUGUGUUCCUCACAGUCUUCUUUACUAAGGUCAGCUUACUUGGUUACUCACCUGGCUCCAGUCUGUUGAAGUGUUUAAGUAGCAGUUCCCCACGCCAUGUUGUCUCAGAUGUCAGGAAGGACAAAGCCACCAUAGAGGUCCUAGUUGGAAGGUCUUGACACAUGACCGUCCUUCCUCAUUUCUGGUGACAAAUCUAUCUGCAAUCAGGCUGUAAUUUAGACCUGUGAUGAAAAAGCACAUGCUUUCUACCAUCAUGUUACAUCAGAUCAGAUAUUUCCUUUGUGGCAGUGAGGAAGGAUAAAUUCAUGUACAGAUGUUUGGACAGGGAUAUGAAAUGUUAGCAGCCCUGAAACGAUCUGUCCGUGUCUUUGGUGAGGUCAUGCUGUCUACCUGGAGCAAAAGCACACGCAAAGUCAUUGCCAUCAUUUCACCUCUCAGAAACCCAUCUUUUAGUAGGUAACAGCCUUUACACUUAUUUCCUUUCAUCUAAGGUUUCGUUAGUGAAUGUGAAUCAGAUGCCUUUUCCAUUAUAUGUGCUUAGAUGUGCCAUCCGAAAGUUGUCUUUGUAAUAAUACUCAAACUAGUCUAUCGUUGCAACAGUUGGAAGGGAAAUUACUAUAAAUCAAUCCCCCCAAAAUACUGUUAACAGGCAUGAGGUCCUAUGUAUAAAAUAACAGAUUCUCAUAGUGAGGAAAAGCCUUCUACAAGAACCAGUUUUCUGUGGUGCACCCUACAUACUCAAUGUGAUGGUGCACUGUCUUACACCUAAAGAGUCAGGGUAGAUGUUCAAAGGUUUUGAUAACUUAAAUAAUAUAUUGAUUCGUUCAGGAACAUAUACCUCAAUCCACCUCUAAUGGAAGUUAAGUUAUCAAACGGAGGAAGGCUAUCUGAAGAACAAAUUGAGGGCUGGCGUCCUGUUUUCCGUUCUUCUGCUUCCAGGCUCCCGUCCAGGAAACCGCACGAUACAAUCGAUAGGAACAAGACAGAAUGAGAGAGCUGCUGUACUGUUCACUGUUAUAGUGUUUGGAUAUAGCUGGCACCAUGUCACCAAGUACUCUGCUGUUCUCCAUUCCUCACCUCAACACUCAUUUUCUCACUGAUUGAACACAUGUCUACUGUUAGAUAAAAUAUGUGUCCGUGGGACAGGAAGUCAAUACGUGUGGAUCAUCUUUCAUAAUGAUGAUGUAAAUGCGUGUACAUGACUGCGACACAAAAAACCUAGGUACAAAUCAUCUGCUCCAUGUCAUGAUCCAGUUAGCAUGUCGAGGUAUCAUGUCCCAUUUCAUUUGAAACCUUUGAUUAUCUUCUGAGUACAGUACUGUACAGUGAGCAGAUCUUUGUAGACGUGCACGUGGGCAGGCUGACCUUUCGCUGGAUCGAAUCCCCUUAAACUCUGCAGUUCCUUUCUCUUAUAUUUUUCUAGUUGUGAAUACCAUCAUACCAAGCUAAACAACAAAUCCCCUCUUGAGAACAAUACAUACGACCAGAUGUGUGAACAAUCAAUAGCAUCUUUAUAGAAAAAAUAUAAAUCGAGUCAUUCAAGCAGCCAAAAGUUUUAAAACAUCAGGGUCAUUAUAAUCAGGAGGAUUAUUU